UUUAUAUUUAGCUAGGUACCUAUUUAAUAGUUUAACUCGUAGCUGAAUAUUUCGGUAACAUUUUUCACGAAUACAAUUUUUGCUCUGAUUCUUAUUUUUUUGUGUAACGAAUUUUCUUUUCGAAUUAGUCAGAUACCUACCUAAUAAGUGCAUAAUUAAAAUGAAUACUUUUGUUCGUUCAUUUAAUUUCAAGUCGAUCUGUUUCAACAAAUUUGAAAAAAAUCGAAUAAUUCGAUUCCAAAAUUUCUACACGAAUGUGCCUUCCGUAACCACCACUUCCAGUCUCGCUGAAAGAAUCCUGACAGAACAACGGGAAAAUAUUCACAAAUGUAAAGAUGACUACUCAAAAUUCAGAUUAGCUCACAAUAUCGUUAAAAAGGUAUUAUCGGAUGAAAGCAUUUGUAUAGGAUCGUCAAUAGUGAGCGAAAGAAAUCAAGAAAUAAUAGAAUACAACGUCAAUGGUGGAAGACUCCAACGAAUGAAAAUAUUUUUAAACGUGUGCGAAAACCUUACACCGAAGCACAAACUCACUGAUGAAUACAUUUUGCGUUCUUGGAUUUUGGGUCAUCUCACUCAAGUGCUGCUGUCCUCCCUCUUAAUGAUAGACGAUGCUUUAGACAAAUCUGAUUUGAGAAGGAACAAAGUUACUUGGUACAGAACAGUUGGUUCAAUGGAAUUUUGCAGCCAUUCAUUAAUGUUAAACAGCGGUAUUCAAGUCAUUUUGAAGAACUUGUUCUCAAAACAAUCGUACUAUACACAAUGUAUCGAAAUUUUCAACGAAAUUCUUUGGAUCGCCGAAAGUUGUUUCGCAUUAGAGGCUAAAACUAUUGAUGUGCUAGGCGAGAACAAAAAAUACUGCUCUUGGAAGAUGUUCGAUACACUGAGCGUUGGAUUAAUGGCGACCACUGGAUUUCAACUGCCUGUAAUUGCAGCGAUGUGUAUGGCAGGUGUCAAAUAUGAUCACUUGAUGGAAGAUUUAGCUAAAAUAUUUGCUCCACUUGGUUGUUUGACAACGGCUGAAAAUGAUUACUACGAUGUAUUUGGUAAAAGUACUGGUAAAGUACUAUACGAAGAUAUCAAGCAUGGGAAAUUGACUUGGGUCCUCUUAACUUCUCUCGACAACUGCAACUCGGAUCAAAAGAAAAUAUUGCAAGAAUGCUACGGUAAAGAUAAUCCAGAAUGCAUUGACGCAGUUGUCCAAGUUUACCGGCAAUUAAAUUUGGAAGAAAGAUUUCUAAAAUAUAAAACCGACAUUUCUCGUCAUGUUACGAAUUUAAUAAAAAAUAUAGCAGAUGACCGCUUACAUGUACCGCUACUAAGUACAUUAUAUCAGGCAGAAAAUUGGUAUCGUGAUGUUUAGCCGAAUAUCAUAAAUCUGCUAUUACCUACAUAUAAUCUUACACUAUUUCAUAUGCUUUUAGAUAAUAAUCAUUAAGUACUAUGUAAAUCGUAAAAAUCACAAUACUGAGUACUGGAAAAGA